AUGGUGGUUUUAUACAUCAACAAUACGGCAACGCCAAAUUCUGAUCCUGAGAUUGUGAAGUUCGAAACUGAGCGACAUGCUUGGGUAACGAUCAACAUGGUUUUCAAUCAGAGAGCUGAUUUCCCUGGCGUUCGGCCGUAUGUCGUCACUCCAACAGCGAUACAAAAUCCUGAACAAAAGUCCAAGUGGAAGCCCGUUUCUACACAAGAUAUCGUCACCUGGAAGAGCAUGGGCAACCGUGCUAUGUUUCAAGGGAAGGAAACUUUAGACUUGCCGUGGGCAAAGCUUCUGAAAACCAGCCUUCAUGGUUGGAAGAUGGAGGAUGGAAUCCCCAUCCCAUUCUUUGGGCGUCUGAUCCAUCACCGCCGAGCAUUCCUCCUGACCACUGGCACCAACUUCCGCACAAUGACCAGUUUCCAGAAGAGGGUCGGGUCUCGAAUCAACGUCACCGUUGAAAGACCUGAUCGAAGAGAUGGAGAGAAUGCAUCCAUGGUCUGCAUUUAUCUGAACAUCAGAAACCCCUCUGAUUAUCGCAAGGAUAAUGUUCUGAUGGAUGUUGCAUACAUUUUGAACUUCCUGAGCAGGUACAAGAUCGUCGUCAGUCAAUCCAAAUUUGGUCAAUUUGGAUGUCCUGACCUUGUCAAGAUGUGGGACUCUUUCGUGUCUUCUGAAUACCCGCAUUCUGUAGCAUUCAAGUUGCCCGCUCCCAUCGUGUCAAGAUCUAAACAAGAAGAGGAUGACGCUGAAUACCACCGCCUUGCUGGGGAAGAAGAUCGAAAGAUCAAAGAGGCUGAGGAGAAGGCAAAGGCCGAGCAAUUGGCAGCUGAAGUCAAGAAGACAUUUGAAGAAACUGAGAAGAGACAGCGGGCCGAGGAAGAGGAGGCAGCUGAAGAGAAGAGAUUGGAACACCCUCUGAUCAAGAAUCCUCUCGAAAAACCUGAUUGGCUUCACCAGAAGACUUUGAGUUGGAUGGUUGUGAAUUACUCUGAAGAAUUAUCGGGAGAUGAACUCUUGAUGGUGUUAAGACGAGAUUUUGGUAUCUGUCCCAAAGUCUGA